GUACAAACCUCUUACAAUGGCUGACAACGAACACGAACACAACUUUGAACAAGCUGAUGCCGGUGCCUCUGCCACCUUCCCUAUGCAAUGUUCUGCUUUGCGAAAGAACGGCCACGUCGUCAUCAAGGGCAGACCUUGUAAGAUUGUUGACAUGUCCACCUCCAAGACUGGUAAGCACGGUCACGCUAAGGUUCACUUGGUCGGUAUUGAUAUCUUCACUGGCAAGAAGCUUGAAGAUCUCUGUCCUUCCACUCACAACAUGGAUGUCCCCAAUGUCGUCCGUCAAGAAUAUGCCCUUCUUAACAUUGAUGAUGGUUUCCUUUCCUUGAUGUUGCAAGAUGGUUCCACCAAGGAUGAUGUCAAGUUGCCCGAAGGUGAAAUCGGUGAAAAGAUGGAAGAAGAAUUCGAAGAGGGCAAGGAAUUGAUCGUCACCAUUGUCUCUGCUAUGGGUGAAGAACACGCUUUGUCCUACAAGGAAGCCCCCAAGGCUUAAGGAUAAAGUCUAUUUGACUUCAUUCGUAUUCAUUCUCAACUAUUUUCUUUUUUCAUUCUCGUAUCAUCUAGCAAUCCGCUUUGAUUUUUUUCACAUUAAUAUAUACUAGCUUACUGUAAAUUAGCUUUUUUUGCAUAUUUUUACGCAUAUUCAUACAUAGAGAAUCAUAAUAAAACGCUGCUCUGCAACCGUUUUCUCAAUAGAUACUAACCG